AUGAGCGUUGGCGGUGCCUGGCCAGGCCCGGGCCCGGUGCCGGCCCUGUCCGCCCGCGGCGCCUGCAUUGCCACCGGGGCCCCCGCGCUGCUGGACGAGGCCUUCGCCCUGCACGUCGCGGAGCCCUUCGACCGCCACCAAAACCCGCAGGGCAUUCUCAACUUGGGAACAAGCGAGAACAAGCUUUGCUUUGAUUUAAUCGAGGAGAGACUCAGMAGACCUGACAUGAAUUAUCUGGAGCCUGAUCUUUUCUGCUAUUCCGAUACACAAGGUACUAGAAGGUUCAGAGAAGAAAUUGCCAGAUUCCUGACGGACUAUGCUAGAGCUGCAGAAGCACUAAAUCCAGACCAUAUUAUUGUGAUGAGUGGCUGUUGUGCUGUUUUUGCUACCCUGUCAACUGUAUUAUGCGACCCUGGUGAUGGAUAUCUAAUUCCAACCCCGUGCUACGGCGGGAUAAACUCGAAAACCUGGCUCUAUGGUGGGAUUCAGCCCGUCCACGUGCCCCUGGGCAGCGAGGUGACAGAUGAAGAAGGUCACCCUUUCCAGUUAACUGUUGAAAARCUAGAAGCUGCACUACACAGAGCUGAAAAACAGGGUAUCCGAGUCAGAGCGUUAAUCCUGAUCAACCCCCACAAUCCGUUAGGGGACAUUUACCCAGCCCAGCUGCUGAGAGACUGUCUGGAGUUUGCACACAGACAUGAACUUCAUGUGAUCAUGGAUGAAAUAUAUAUGCUGUCUGUUUAUGGUGAUGCCACCUUCACCAGUGUCCUUAGCUUACACAAUGUACCGGAUCCAGAACGGACACAUUUUAUGUGGGGUUUUAGCAAGGAUUUUGGCAUGAGUGGUAUCAGAGUUGGAGUGCUGUAUACCAGAAAUCAUGAAGUUCUGAAGGCUGUGAAGCAGCUGGCUGUCUUCCAUGGCUGUCCUGGGCCCAUUCAGCAUGUUCUCAGCCAAUUCAUCAGUGACAGAGAUUGGUUGGAUAAUGUGUUUUUUCCUACCAACAAAAAGCGACUUAGAGAAGCAAAGAAUAUUCUUGUGGAUGGACUUGCAGAUAUUGGAAUACCAGUACUCAAAAGCUCAGGAGGACUCUAUGUGUGGGCAGACUUCAGAAAAUUCUUGAAAUCACAGACAUUUGAAGCUGAACAUGAAUUAUGGCAGAAGCUCCUCAAUGAAAAACUCCUGAUUAGCCCUGGAAAAGCUUUUUAUUGUUAUGAGCCUGGAUGGUUUAGAUUGGUUUUCGCAGAUUCUGUAGACAAGAUUUAUUUGUGUAUCCAGAGGCUCCAGCAAAUGCUGCACACUGGCACUGCUGACUCAGCUGCAGACAGCACAUCUUCUAAUGAAGAUGCUCUGUGCACUCCAGAAGAAGGUUCUUCAGGCAACCCUUCAAACACAGCAGGAGAUGAUGCCUCCCAGUUAAAAAAUGUACUACAUUAUUAUAGCCAUAUAUGCAUUUAAUGCCUUGACACAAUUUAGCAUGCUGGUGUUUACUAAGGGAACGCAUGGACAGUGUUCUUGCUGGAACCUUGCAUAGGGAUCUCAUUUUGCUGUCACCUGGCAUUACUAAAUUUGCAACUGGGGCUUCUAAAAUUCAAUCUUCGGAAAAUAGACAUCAUGGAUAUUAUGUAAUKACCUUCUCUUCAGCACAAUACUCAGUUUCACUCAACUUUAAGGGUACUAAAUGUCAAUAAAAUCAGGGAGACUUACAUGUGUGCUUGCACAUAUUGAAUUAUGAAUUUUUGAACGCUUUUUGAUAAAAAUUGUUGUACAUGUUACUCUAUGUUGUAGAUGAUUGUGUAUUUUAAUCAGAAGCCUAAAAGUACUGAAGUGAAAGAAUGAAUUUGUGURUCCAUGGCAAGAUUUGAAAAAACUGAGGAGAUUGUUACAAUACAACAAGUCUUUGUAGUGGAUUCAUCACAGGA